AUGCCUCUGAAGGCUGCGCUUCUCCUCACCCUCCUGGCCACCCUACCGGCGUCGCCGGCCGAGCUGGCACGGCGCGGCUUCUGGGAGCACCUCAGCCAGCUGACGAGCGACAAGGAGAGCCCGGAGCACGGCCAGAGCAGCAAGCUGGGCAGGGACAUCGCAAACCUGAAGGAAAGCAUUCAGGAUGGGGUCAGCUACGUGGGAAACUUCCUGGAGAAGCUGGCGCCCCUCCGCAGAGGCCUCCAGCCCCGGCUCUACCACGACUCGGACAGCCUGCGGAAGCUGAUCAGGAAGGAGCUGGAGAGCCUGAGGGUGAAGCUGUCCCCCUACGUGGACGAAGUCCACCAGAAGGUCGGCAAGCACCUGGAAGAUCUUCGCCACCGGCUGCAGCCGUUCACGGAGGAGCUCCUGGACCAGGUGUCCCUGAAAGCCCGGGAGCUCCGGCGGCACCUUAUGCCCAGCCGGGAGGUGACGGCUCAGCUCCUGGAGGGCGCGGACGAGGUCCAGAGGUUCACGGCUCACUACGCCGACAAGAUCGCGUUCCACACCGACCAGGUGAAGGACAUUUUCCGCCCCUACGCGGACAGGCUGGUGGCCGAGAUCCACCGCAACGUGGAGGAGCUGCACAGAAACGUCGUCCCCCACGCCCAGGCCAGCCCGGAGAAGCUCAACCAGCACAUCCGGGAGCUCUCCGCAAAGCUGACCCAGAACGCGAGGGACCUCCACCAGAAGAUCCAGCGGAACCUGGAGCAGCUCAAGGUGAAGCUGAGCCUCUACCCCGGCAGCCGCCGGCAGCCGCCGGCCCCUCCGGACCGCUACGCGGAGGAGCUGGCCCGGGAGGUGCAGCGGCGGGUGGAGGAGUUCCGGAGGGAGGCGUACCUCCAGAUCCACGACUUCACCCGGGCCCUCGACCAGGAGACGGAGGAGAUGAGGCUGAAGCUCUCCUCCCGGCCCUCCUGCCCGGGGGACCCGCAGGAGGGCCCGCCCGCCCUGGAGGACCUGCACGCCCGCCUCGACGCCCUCUGGAGAGACCUGGCCCGCAGCCUGGGCGAGGCCCGCUGA